UAUGAGGACUAUAUGCUCUAGAGACCUCAGACAAGGCAUCUCAUAGGAGGCUUUUUCAUAAAACUAGGCUCUGCUGGUAGUAAGGAGGCCAGUUUGGAGGCAGGCGUUGAGCUGUGCACAUCUCCCCACUCCAGCCACCUUCUCCAUAUCCAUCUUUUAUUUCAUUUUUCCACUUGGCUGAGCCAUCCAGAACCUUUUCAAUGUAUAAAAUGGAAUAUUCUUACCUCAAUUCCUCUGCCUACGAGUCCUGUAUGGCUGGGAUGGACACCUCGAGCCUGGCUUCAGCCUAUGCUGACUUCAGUUCCUGCAGCCAGGCCAGUGGCUUCCAGUAUAACCCGAUAAGGACCACUUUUGGGGCCACGUCCGGCUGCCCGUCCCUCACGCCGGGAUCCUGCAGCCUGGGCACCCUCAGGGACCACCAGAGCAGUCCGUACGCCGCAGUUCCUUACAAACUCUUCACGGACCACGGCGGCCUCAACGAGAAGCGCAAGCAGCGGCGCAUCCGCACCACUUUCACCAGUGCGCAGCUCAAAGAGCUGGAGAGGGUCUUCGCGGAGACUCACUACCCCGACAUCUACACUCGGGAGGAGCUGGCCCUGAAGAUCGACCUCACAGAGGCGCGAGUCCAGGUGUGGUUCCAGAACCGCCGCGCCAAGUUUCGCAAGCAGGAGCGCGCAGCGGCAGCCGCAGCGGCCGCGGCCAAGAACGGCUCCUCGGGCAAAAAGUCUGACUCUUCCAGGGACGACGAGAGCAAAGAGGCCAAGAGCACUGACCCGGACAGCACUGGGGGCCCAGGUCCCAAUCCCAACCCCACCCCCAGCUGCGGGGCGAAUGGAGGCGGCGGCGGCGGGCCCAGCCCGGCUGGAGCUCCGGGGGCAGCGGGGCCCGGGGGCCCGGGAGGCGAACCCGGCAAGGGCGGCGCAGCAGCAGCGGCGGCGGCCGCGGCAGCAGCAGCGGCGGCGGCGGCAGCGGCGGCAGCUGGAGGCCUGGCUGCGGCUGGGGGCCCUGGACAAGGCUGGGCUCCCGGCCCCGGCCCCAUCACCUCCAUCCCGGAUUCGCUUGGGGGUCCCUUCGCCAGCGUCCUAUCUUCGCUCCAAAGACCCAACGGUGCCAAAGCCGCCUUAGUGAAGAGCAGUAUGUUCUGAUCUGGAAUCCUGCGGCGGCGGCGGCGGCGGCGACAGCGGGCGAGCCAGGGCCCGGGCGGGCGAGUGG